AUGCCGUCUGCCAGCGUAGCUACUGUCUCCUCGACUCUUCCUGGAUCUCACAACUCAUUAGGAACAUCUGCAGUUCCAGCAACCAGUCGAUGGCGCCUCAGAACCAGUAGGACGUCCGCUGACUACAGCAACAAUGAGGUCAUCUGUGCCAUUAGCGAAUUGCGUGGAAUAUCUCCUACCGUCGCUCUCUCCUUCGUCAAUGUCUACACUUCCGAAGCUAUUCUCUGCCAGCUCGUGGAUACUCAAACAUAUGCUCGCACCUGCCACAAGCUCAAAGUCUAUGAGCCCUCUGAGAUUCUUUACAUGGCAAAUGCCGUCGACUCGAAGCUCAUAUCCAUUGUCUCGGAGAAUCUCGAUGUGGACAAUGGGGGACCCGUAGGCACCAAACUCGACCGCAGGUAUUGGUCUGAGAGUAGCGGCCACGAUUACGUUCAGCGCCUCGCCUUUCCUGACGAUCUGGAAUCUUUGAAAAUGGCUCUAGCAGGCAACCAUCUCGCGACAUGCUGUUUCUCUGCAGUUAUGAAUUUUGUCGACAUGGGAUUGCAGAAGACCUUUGCCACUCAGACAUUACGUAUAAAGUUCGAGACAGCAGAAGGCUCUAUGAUGAUUGAUCUCUCCACCAUCGCUUCUCUGGAAUUGGUCCAGAAUCUUGAACAUGUCAAGUCCAAGGAUUGCUUAUUCGGGCUGCUGAACGAAACCUUUACGCCAAUGGGGGCCCGAUUCCUGCGAAGCAACAUUCUGCAGCCAUCAACCGAUACUAGAAAGAUCGGUAAAAGGCAUGAAGCUGUGGACGAACUUGUCUCGAGACAUGACAUGCUGUUCGCAGUCCGUUCCGCUUUGAAGUCUUUCGUAGACACUGAUCGUGUACUGGCAGCUCUUGUAGUGAUUCAGACCAAGCUCGGAAUUCAGUUCGCCGAACAGUCGGUCAACCAGGUGCUCAUGCUCAAGACCUUUCUUUGUGACCCGACCAACUAUGCAGAAAUCGAUGGUUUGAUCAGAGACAGUCUCAACCCUGACGUGACUUACUCGACCAAACCGACAGAGUUGCGCAACCAGCGUGUUUAUGCCGUUCAGGCAGGGGUCAACGAAUUCCUCGACGUUGCCAGACAGACGUACCGGGAGAUUAGCCAAGACGUGUUUGAUAUGGUAGAAGAGGUCAAAAACACACAAGGACUCGACCUCGACUUGAAAUUCGACACGCCUCGCCAAUUCUACCUGCGCCUUCCCGCCGCUCAGCUCGAAGACAAGCCAAUUCCCGAUUUCUUGGUCAACAUCUAUCGACGGAACAAGUUCAUCGAGUGCCAGACCCUGGAGCUGAUCAAGAUGAACCAGAAGAUCAAGGAUGCCCACAACGAGGUCAUCAGCCUCAGCGACCAGGCGGUUCAGGAGCUCAUCGAGUCUGUGCGCUCGAAAAUCCAUCCUCUUUUCAAGAUCAGCGAAGCGAUUGCCAUGCUCGACAUGCUAGCAGGGUUUGCCCAUCUAGCCAUAGCCAACGACUACGUCCGAUCAGAGCUGCUCGACACCUUGGCGGUCAAGGCCGGUCGCCACCCUAUCCGCGAGAAGGCCCAGACGGACAAAUACGUGGCUAACGACAUCUACGCGACCGAGCAGAACCGCUUCCAGAUCAUCACGGGCUGCAACAUGAGCGGCAAAAGCACAUAUAUCAGGUCAAUCGCUCUAAUGGCCGUCAUGGUGCAGAUCGGCUGCUUCGUGCCUGCGACGUACGCGUCGUUCCCCAUCACGUACCAGCUGUUUGCGCGUGUUUCGACCGACGACAGCAUCGAAGCCAACGUGUCGACGUUUGCCUCGGAAAUGCGCGAGGUGGCAUUCAUUCUACGCAACAUGUCGGCGCACAGCUUGGUGCUGAUCGACGAGCUGGGCCGCGGCACCAGCACGACCGACGGGCUCGCCAUCGCCGUCGCCAUCGCCGAAGAGCUGAUCAAGUCCAAGGCCCUGGUAUGGUUCGUCACGCAUUUCCGCGACCUGCCGCGCAUCCUGGCCGAGCGCGCCGGCGUGGUCAACCUGCACCUAACCGUCGACAUCAACGCCGACGCCUCCAAGCUGAAAAUGCGCUACACGAUUGCCCAGGGGUACGAGGAGGAGAGGUUCUACGGGCUCGCGCUCGCCCGCGUCGUCGACCUCCCCGAGACAGUUGUCGACGUGGCCACCCGCGUCUCCCACGCCCUACAUGAGCGGAACGAAGCCCGGCGGCAAAACACCCGUACCCUCACGGCCGCAAGACGAACCAAGCUGCUGUUGAACUUGCGCGAGCAGCUUUCCCAGGCGCGUGAGAGCUGCCGCACCGCCAGCCCGGACGCGGGAGAAUUGCGGGCUUGGCUGGCAAGACUGCAAGUCGAGUUUUCCGUCCGGAUGGGAGCGCUCGACGCCGAGGCGGAGAUGGAGAUGGACGAGACCGACAAUGAGGGCAGGAUGGACGAGACCGACACUGAGGGCAGGAUGACCGAGGCAGUAGCAGUAGAAGAGCAUGAUGUGCAUCAUGUCGACGAGGACGAGGUUGAACAUGUUCAAGACACCCUGGUCCGUACAGGACACGAAUGA